UGGUUUAUUUUGAGGUGGUCUUAUCACAGCUGUUGUAUCUGUGGUGGCAGCCUGUCCAAAGCCCCCUCGACACUCUUCCUUUUCCCCCUCUGGCCCUUGGUCCCGGACCAACUGUCUCCCUCUCAGCACUACAGAAUCAGAACAAUGGAGGCUUGUCAGGAGAGCAGCCCUGCACCCACGGGUCCAUCGCCAGCCGAGGACCGCCACAUUGACCUGACAGAGGACCUGGGCCAACAGCUGGAGGACAUCAUUAGCACCUACCAGGGUGCUGAGAUUCCAGCUGAGCCAGAGGACACAGAGGAGGUCACAGCCGUCAAAGAGUCAGACGCCCGCAAGGACCAGAAACUGGAGAAGAAGAUGCUCAAAAACCUAGGGAAGGAAGCCAUGCUGCUGAUGCAAAGUCUGAACAAACUCGGCACUCCUGAGCAGAAACUGGAGGCCAUCAUCAAGAAGCACGCUGAGCUGCUAGAGGAGCAUCGCAGCGAUCAGAAGCAGAUGAAGGUUCUGCAGAAGAAGCUGCUCCAAGUGAUGAAGGAGAAGGACCAGCUGCAGAGCGAGCACAGCCGGGCGGUGUUGGCUCGCAGCAAACUGGAAGGGCUCUGCAGAGAGCUGCAGAGACACAACAAGACUCUAAAGGAGGAGACCCUGCAGAGGUGCAGAGAGGACGACCUGAAGAGGAAAGAGAUCACCACCCAUUUCCAGGGGACGCUCAGUGAGAUUCAGGCCCAGAUCGAGGAGCACAGCAGCCGCAACACCAAGCUGUGUCAGGAGAACAGCGCUCUGGCAGAAAAACUGAAGGGACUCAUUUCACAGUACGACCAGCGAGAGGCGAACCUGGAAAAGGUCUUCAAGCACAGAGACCUGAAAGAAAAGCUGCUGGAAACCAAACUCCAGCAGGCAAACAUGUUCCUGAAAGAGGCGGAGGAGAAGCACAAGCUGGAGAAAGAGCUUCUGCUAAAGCAGACGGCGGAGUAUAAAUUGCAAGUGAAGGUCAUGAAGGAGCAAGAAAUCGAUAUGAAGACCCAGCUCGAUAUGUACUCCAGGAAGUUUGAUGAAUUCCAGGGCACGGUAUCAAAGAGUAACAGUGUCUACAGCGGCUUCAAACAGGACAUGGACAAAAUGGCCAAGAAAAUGAAAAAGCUGGAUAAGGAGUGCCAGUCAUGGAAGAGUCGCUUUGAUGGCUGCAACAAGAAUCUCAUUGACAUGGUGGCAGAUAAAGCCAUCAAGGAAAAGGAGUUUGAGCUUCUCACCAUCAAGAACCAGAAGCUGGAGAACCUGUGCAGGGCUUUGCAAGAGGAAAGGAAGAGUCUGUAUGAGAAGGUACAGGGAGCUGGCAGUCAACAGGAAGUCAACACCGCUGAGCAGACAGAGAAGGAGGUUCCUGAGGUGCAGGAGACCCCCAAAGACCCCAAAGAGGAUCAACCCGUCCAGACCACUGCAGCACCAGCAGCUCCAGCAGCUCCAGCAGCUCCCACCAGGACACCGACGUCUCCCCUGACCGAUGAACUGGCUAAACUGAAGGCUGAACAGGCCCUUCUGAAGGAAAUCGCCACUUCUUUCACGAUCUCUCACGUCACACCCACAGAAACAGACGCCAGCCAAUCACAUGGACUCUCCGAGGGCGUCCAGGAGCCACAAGAGAACCACACGGAGGAGAGCAAACAGCAGGAAAUCAAUCAGGACGGAUACCAAGAAGAGAGAGAUCUGGAGAUGGAGUCGGUUGAUUAAUGCUGAGACCUCCGCGAAAAGAAACCUGGUUCAUGUGAGAUGCAAUAGCAAUAAAAAGAAAAAUGCUGGCUUUGUG